GCUCGGCUAGUUGGGGCUGGAUCGCUUCCUCAGGAAGUGGCCUGGAGGCCGUUGUGGUGGCGUCGUUAACUUAGCUCCGCGGGGGGCUUGGGGGGGUUGCUGUGCUGACAUGGCGGACCUUGACCCCCGCUACCCCUGCUCCUCCAUCGAGGAUGACUUCAACUAUGGCAGCUGCGUGGCCUCCGCCAGCGUGCACAUCCGAAUGGCCUUUCUAAGAAAAGUCUACAGCAUCCUUUCUCUGCAAGUUCUCUUAACUACUGUGACAUCGGCGAUUUUUUUAUACUUUGAUUCUAUACGGACAUUUGUGCAUGAAAGUCCUGCCUUAAUUUUGGUGUUGACCCUUGGAUCCUUGGGUUUGAUUUUAGCCUUGACUGUAAACAGACAUAAGCAUCCCCUUAACCUAUACCUGCUUUUUGGAUUUACACUGUUGGAAUCUCUGACUGUGGCCUUCGUUGUUACCUUCUAUGAUGUGUAUGUUGUCCUGCAAGCUUUCAUACUGACUUGUGCAGUAUUUCUUGGUUUGACUGUAUAUACUUUACAGUCUAAGAGAGAUUUCAGCAAAUUUGGAGCAGGACUGUUUGCUGGUUUGUGGAUUUUGUGUUUGUCAGGAACCUUGAGGUUGUUUUUUUACAGUGAGACAGUGGAGUUGGUCUUGGCUGCUGGGGGAGCCCUUCUUUUCUGCGGAUUCAUCAUCUAUGACACACACUCACUGAUGCACAGGCUGUCACCUGAAGAGUAUGUAUUAGCUGCCAUCAACCUCUACUUGGAUAUCAUCAAUCUCUUCUUGCACCUGUUACGGGUUUUGGAAGCAGUUAAUAAAAAGUGAUUGAAAGCAGUAUAUAGAAACUGAUUCAUUAAGUAAUAAAGUUUGAGAUAUAAUUGUUAAAUACUUUUAAGAUCUUAUUUGUAUGCUGUGUAUUAUAAAGCAUAAAUCUCCUUUGACUAGAUUUUAAUCUUAUUUAGAAAGGAAAAAGUAUGAAAGAUAAAUUACAGGGAAUUAUUUAGUAUUAAAAUAAAAUUAUAUUAAAAUGUUAAUUACAUUUCAUUACAGUAUGAUGCAUUAAAAAUUAAAAGUGUGCUUAAGUCAGGUAUUUUGACAUAAAAGUUAAUGUUCUUAGUUUUUAAAGUACAGGUUUCAUUUAAAAAUUAUAGCAGUAUACCAGUGACCAAUAUACCUUUAGCAAAUUCCUGACAGCAUUCAUUUGCUAGGGUGCCAUAACAAAGUACCACCGAUUGCAUGGAUUAAACAGAAAUUUAUUUUCUAAAGUUUUGGAGGUUGGAAGUGUGAGGUCAAGGUAGGGUUGAUUUCUUCUGAGGUCUCUCUCUUGCCUGAAUGAUGGUCAUCUCCAUGUGUCUUUACAUGGACUUCUCUCUGUACUUGUCUGUAUUCAGAUUUCCUCUUCUUGUAAGGAUACCAGUCAUAUUGGACUAGGGCUCACCCUAAUGACUUCAUUUUACUCUAAUGACCUCAAUAAAGAUUCUGUCUCCAAAUACAGUCACAUUCUGAGGUACCAGGAAUUGGGACUUUGCACUGGUCGUAAAUGUUUGCAUUCACUAAAAAAUCUGUUGAAACCUAAUGCCCCCUGGGAUGCUAUGAGGAGGUAGGGCUUUUGGGAUGUGCUUAGGUCAUGAGGAUGGAGUUCUCACAAGUGGGAUUAGUGUUCUUUUUAUAAGAGAGCCCACAGACACCCCUCACCCUUUUUGCUACAUGAGCUAAUGAUGAAAAGACAGUCUAUGAACCAGGAAGAGGACCUUUAAACUAGACACUGAAUAUGCCUGCACCUUGAUCUUGGACUUCCCAGCCUUUAGAACUGUGAGAAGUAAAUUUUUGUUGUUUAUAAACCACCCAGUCUCUAUAGUGUUUUGUUUUGGCUGCCCAAAUAGAUUAAGACAGACUUUAUUAUCUGAAUUUUCAGUGGGUACAACUCAGCCUGUAACACUCACUAAGCAUUGUUUCCCAGCUACUAAACUGAAAUUAACUAGUAGUAUAUGGAUACAGCCUUUGGUGAGUUUUAGAUGUAAAUUUGACUCCCAUCACUAUCAAUUAAUUAUUGAAUAUCCAGUUGCAUAAUGCUAUACUCAACAUAGCAUCGUAGGUAAGAGAAUCUAGAUUGGAAUUCUUACUGUGUAAUCAACUGGUGAUUUGACCUUUGGCACGUUACUUAUCCUUCCUUCCUUAGGUCUUUACCUCAUCUUUAUGAUAGGAAAAACAUCACCACCUUAAUUGAUUGUUGUAAGGAUUAAGUGAGAUGAGUAUGUCAUAUAAACUAAGUGUUUAUUAAUGUCAGCUGCUGUUGUUAUUGUCGGUCCAAAGGGAGAAUGUACUGAAUUGUGACUAAAGAUAAUAAAUAAGCAAAUGCA